CCUUUCCCUCCUCCCUCCUCUUCGGGACCGCGGGAGGCUCGCGACAGUGAGAUCAAAAUGGCGGCCGCAGUCGACGCACCAGUUGGUUAAGACCAGGAUAAGGGAUUUCAAGAAAUGACCUUGGCUAAUCUAUAUUUCAUUUGUCGUUGUUGCCAACUUUGCCAAAAUUCCCGGCAUCGGGCAUUUUCUACCACAAUCUAUAGCUGGUCUCCAGCCAGGAAUAUUAACUACUAUGAUGUUCUGGGGAUCAAGCACAAUGCUACUACGAAGGAGAUCAAACAAGCUUUUUUUAGGAAAUCAAAGAAGCUCCAUCCUGAUAGCAACCCCACCAACCCUGAGCUGCACAGCCAGUUUGUGAAGCUCAACGAAGCCUACAACGUGUUGAGUAAAGAGAAAAGCCGCAGAGAUUAUGAUGCCCAGCGAACCACCCAGAAGACCUGGGAACGUCAGGGAUCCGGUGGGCGUUCGGCCCAAGACCCUUUCGAUUUUGCACAUUUUCAUAACCAGCAAACGGCCCAGAAGACCCGGGAACGUCAAGGAUCCAGCAGACAUUCAGCUGAGGACCCUUUUAACUUUGCUCACUUUCAUGCAAGGAGAAGAAACCCAGACCCCUAUGAGGACUUUUGGUACUGGCAGGACUUCCACAAACCACCUCCAGAAUGGUUUUCAGGCCCCGAGAUGAAAAACAGGCAGCGCCGGAACCAAAGGAUCGUAAUGUACUGUUUGCUUAUAAUGUCUGGAAGCCUGCUGAUUCACUACAUAUCAUACCGGCAGGUUGCAAAAUUACACACCAGCUUGAUGGAUGAGAGAGACCACAUGAUCACCCAGGCCCUGAUCAAGGCGAAGGAGCAAACCAGAGCCAGGCACGCAGAAGAACUGCAGCAGAAGCACCCCCCGAUUGUCGAGGAACAUCCCGCCUGCUCUCGGCCACUCUCAGAAAUGUUGGACUCCAUAAAGGAUCCGGCGCCUCCCGUCUCCACUGCCAAGUAAACCAGUGGGGGCCGGCCCUCUCCCAGCCUGGUGGCGGAGGCCAGCCUCGCGUCCAACUUCUCCCCACUUCUUUCCAAUAGAAGCACUUUACUACACUGACAAGGAAGCCGGUUCCCUCUUUGACCCGCAUUGUCAAGAGGGUCCUCGUCCGUGCACCUCACCCGCCCGGGACUUGGAUCAAAAGCAGGGAAGGGGAUGGGAUGGGGGCGAUCUCCACCCACAGGCCACAUGCGACCGCCCGGCACCUCAGUUCAGACCCUCCCCUCGGUUCACGUGCUGUCCUCCAGCUUCCAAGCUGACAAAGAGAACGUGGAGGAGUCGGGAAAGGAAACGCUUGUGAAUGUUGCUCCUCUUCUUACAUCUUCUGUCGCUCCAUGCGGGGGGGUGCGAUUCUGCCCCCCGGAGCUCAGCUGAGCCAAGGAAGAUCUCAGGGCUGGGUCCUCCAGAUCUCCAGGUCCUGCAUUCCUGGGUUGUGCUGCGGUGCGCUGAUAACGGGUGUCACUAGCAAAAAUCCCAUCGGUCAAAUGCCCCAGGACCGUUUGCGCUCAAUCAGCUUGUUACCCGAAGGCCCCCGCAAUGCGCCUUGUCCUGUAUCACAAGAGCAACUUCCCUUGGCCCUCAGACCAGUUCAAUAUUACCGCCACCUCGAAGGAUAGACCCAGAGGGUUCCUAAAGGUCAUCUAGUCCAGCCCCAUGGUAGAAACCGAAAUCUAGAGCUGAAACGCUCCCGGCCAACGGUUGGACAGCUUCUGCUUGAAAAUGCCAACAAAGGGGUAGGUGGCCUAUAUUGGCUGGGUUCGCACAACCGUCUCGACUAGGUGAGGUUUGGUACUUCGUGAUUCAACGCUUGUGGUGAGCCUGCCAAAAUGUUACGCCAAAAAUUCUUGAUUAGCACAGAGCAGGUUAUGUGAACAUAGCAACUGUGUUUUGCUAACUCAGGUUUAGGGUGUCAUAUGAACCCAGAGUUAAUGCUAGGUGGCUGAUUCAGCCCUUUUUCACCCUUUCAGGGAGAUAGCAAUGGAUAGAAAAAACGGGGGGUAUGGGGAGACUUAAACCUCUUCCAGAAUGCCAGUCGAAAUAGCUCUCUUAUUCAGAGGUUGAGGGAAGAAAUGGAGAAUCAAGACCUGGGCAUCAUGCAGAGACGCUCCAGAGCAUCCUCCUUAGCUCGUGUUUUAGCCUGGGUGGCUUUUGCUCAUUUUUCUUUUUGAAAAAUGCAAGUCUAACAUGCAUUUUUAGUGCAAGAAAAGACCCAGUCUAAAUAAAUCCUGUGCGUUAAGGCCAGAUUGGGGGGGUGGUAUAGUGGAAUAGGGUGAAACACCUUCAUACACACACAAGCUGGGCUCUUUCCCUGCCGAUGUCCUGGGUGGUUCGUUCCUGUUCCUCCAGCUUCAUUUCUUCAGGGACCUGAGAGGAGGAUGCGUGGAGAUCAUGACUGCAGUGAGAAGUAUGCGUGAAAUGCUGUUUUAAUCUCAUGGCGUGCAGACGCUGCCGUGGGUGAAGGGGGGGGAUGAACGCCCAGCCAGCAUCUGAGCCUCUCCAGCCUCUCCAGCUGCUUGGAGGGUCUGUGCGGGUCAGGGUGCGAAGAAUGCCAAGGCGGGUCAGAAGAAACUCUUGGAAAAAGAUAAAAUGUUAAAACGGAUUUGGACCCUGGAGAAGAUCCGAGGGUUAUUUACAUCCAGCCUUUUAUUUUCCCAUCACGGGGAAGUAAUCAAAACAUGAUCACUGCCUUGACUUGAGCUCUUCAGCAGGGGGGCUCCCCCCAAGACUGGAGGGGACCCCCCCGGCUCCCAUCAGUAGCCUUUUCCUCCACGAAUCUGGUUCCCCCCCCUGUUCUGCUAAAGGUGCAGUUGCACCGACAGUACCCUGGGGAACUCUGUGCCAAGGAUCUGCAUACUCAGAAGAUCACUUGGGUGGAAGGAGGCACAGGCAGGUUGAGUAGACCGGGGCAGGGGGAGAUCGUCUGGAAAGCAAGAAGCAUAGAGCAUAGAACAUAUUUGGAUUCGAUGCAACAUUUGUACGAGGCGUGUUAGUGGCUUGGAGAACUUCAUAUGUGGACUGUUCUGCCCAAAGCCGGUACGUGUCUUGAUUCAUUCUGGUUUCAUGUAUUUGAACUCAGACGUCGCAUCUGUAAAACAGCCAGUGGUGGCUUGGGUAUUAAAUGGCAUUUCACAAAA